GAAAUGAUCUCAGGCAAGAUGGAGCCCCGGAGCUCCCUGCUGGAGCCCGGUUCCCAGCCGGGGGGCGGAGGCAGGCGGCUCCCCCGGGGCUCCCUGGACAAGCCGCUGCCGGAGCCCCGCGAGCGGCAGGACGUGGAUCGGCCUGCCCUGGGCGAGGAGGGGAGCGGCCCGGCACUGGAGCUGGUGGUCGCAGUGGCUGGCUCCCAGGCGCCGGUGGGGUUCGAGGAGGUGGCCGUGUAUUUCUCCCGGGAGGAGUGGGGGCUCCUGGACGAAGGGCAGAGGCAGCUCUACAGGGACGUCAUGCAGGAGAAUUACCAGACUCUGAUCUCGCUGGGAUUCCCUGUCCCCGACCGGGCCGUGAUCUCCUGCAUGGAGCGAGGGGAAGAGCCGAGGGUCCCGGAUCUCCAGGACUCCAAGGAAAGGGAGAUCCUGAGAGGUGCCCACAUAGGUGCCUGGAGAGAGAAGGAGAAUUCCCAGCAGGAAGGGCCUGCAGGAGUGGAGCUGAAUGGGACGUCCCGGAGCCCUGAACGGGGAGAUGGCGGCAGAACAGGACGGCAGCGGGCAGACAAGGAGCCAGGGUGCAGGCGCAGGAGGGCACGGCCCGUCAACUGCGGGGAUUGUGGGAAAAGCUUCAUGAAGAACUCAGAGUUAAUCAAACACCAGCGCACGCACACGGGUGAGAGGCCCUACCAGUGCCCUGACUGUGGGAGGUGCUUCGCCAUCCGCUCCAGCUUGGAUCGCCACCAGCGGGUCCACACCGGCGAGCGGCCCUUCCCCUGCACCCGCUGCGGGAAGAGCUUCAAGCUUAGCUCGGCCCUGAGCCGGCACCGGCGCGUCCAUGCUCAGGAGGGGCCCUGUUUCUGCGCUGAAUGCGGCAGGGGUUUCAGGCACAGUGCUGCACUAACCCAACACCAGGCUGAGCACCUGAACCAUGGAGACCCCACCAACGGACCUGUGGGGACACGGGUCUACAAGGACCCCUUUGUCCAGGCACGGGACCUUGAGGGGGAGGUUGGUGGGAUAUGGUAUGCUGAGCCUGUGAAAGAGGAGAGUGGGUGAUGGGAUCUGCACUUGGGUUGUGGGUCUGGGCAGGAGACACUGCAGUGAGAAGAGAGCAGCUAUAAGGAAUGCAGGGACUGAACCUGUGAUCUGUGGAUCUAACAUCUGGAGCUGGGCUGUGAGGCAGUGUGGUCUAGUGCAGUGGUUCUCAACCAGGGGUAAACGUAUCCCUGGGGGUAGGCAGAGGUCUUCCGGGGGUAUAUCAGCUCAUCUAGAUAUUUGCCUAGUUUUACAGCAGGCUACAUGAAAAGCACUCGCAAAGUCAGUACAAACUAAAAUUUCAUACAGUCAGAAUGAGAAAGUCAUCAGUUUUUCAGUACUCAUGUGCUGUGACAUAUUUGUAUUUUUAUGUCUGAUUUUGUAAGCAAGUAGUUUUUAAGUGGAGGUGAAACUUGGGGGUUUCACGCAAGACAAACAAGACUCCUAAAAGGGGUCCAGUCGUCUGGGAAGGUUGAGAAGCACUGGUCUAGUGGACAGAGCACUACGUUAAUACUUCUGGCUCAGUCUCUGGCUUGCUGGGUGAUCUCAGGCAAGUAACAGCCACCCCUGUGCCUCAGUUUCCCCAUCUGCAAAAUGGAGACAAUGAUACUGUAAAGUUCUUUGAGAUCUUCUAAUGGAAAUCACUAGAUAAGAGCUGGGCAUAAUUAUAAUGGCUGAAAAAUUUUCAUUUAAACUUUAUUUGGAUGAAAUGUUUGAUUUUUGAUUAAAUGAAGUUUUUCCAUGAAAAGUGUUUGCAUUCCAUGGAAAAUGUUGAAUUUUGUUUGUUAAAGAAACAGAUCCCUGAAAACAGAAAAAUUUAAGCUGGAAACUGAAAUGUUUCAAUUUGUGUACGUGCCCUAGUGCUUUCUGAGAGUUGUGGUUUGGUUGUACUCUACAGAUUACAUAUCCCAUGAUGCACUACUUCCCAGCUCCUAGGGGUGACCAUAGUGCAUCAUGGGAGAUGUAGUCCAACCAGGUAGGCCACUGCCAGCCUAUGGAAGAGAAUGGGAGCACGAGGCACCAAAACUACAACUCCCGUGAAGCAUUUCCAAAUUUAAUUUUUUUGUUUUGGCUGAAAUUUUCCAAUUUUUGCUGAAAAAAACAAAAUUUUCCUUGAAAAAUAUAGGCAAGUGAUUUUUCCUCCUUUUCUCAUCAAAAACUUCAGAGGGGGAGAAAAAAACCCAAAACAUUUUCCAUUGAGCUCUUCCCACAGUCACCUUUGGCCUGCGCUAAUGGACCAGGCCUGUUAGCUGGGAGGCAGUAGAGUAACCCACUGGUGAUGUGUGUCAUAGCUCCCCCCCGUCCCUGAUCCACAAAGGAUAAGAGUCUGUUACAGCCCUGGUUAAAGGGGGUUUGGUCUUUGCUAUAACAGCAAAUUUUUCUAGUUUGAGGUCACUGGUGCAAUCCUGGAUAGGCUGACUGACAUUAGCAGCUGUGUGACGUGAAUAAGCCACAAAGCAGUUGAUGGAGGAAAAAGUGAGGCUGAUUGUUUUGCUUCACAACAAACACCUCCAGGAAUUACUGCAGCCCUCAAGGUGCAAAGUGCCCCAGAAUGGGGUUCAUUUCCCCCUGUUCUGCCCCUUGCUCAGCAGGAAUCAUUAACCAUCUCACACACGGAUUCCUGGCUCUGCCACCAACUUGCUAUGUGACCUUCAGCAAAUCAUUUUGCCACUGUCUCCCCUCCUAUUCCUUGUCUUAUUUAAACAGUGAGCUUCUUGGGGCAGGGACUGUCUCUCACUGUGUCUGUGCAACACCUGGCAUGAUGGGGGUCCUGAUCUCGGUCAGGCCUAUGCAGUGCCUGGCAUGAUGCGGGCCUGAUCUCAGUGAUGACCCUUUGCACUAGGUAAUAUAAAUAAUAAAUUACAAAUCCAUCCUGAUCCCUAAGGUUAGAGCCUUCAUGAUUCACAUCCCCAGCCUGGCUUUGCAUUGUCUAUACCUAGAGGGGAAGCUUUAUUUAUUUUAGUAUUCCUGUUUGUCUAUUCUUCUCUUUCAUUUAAGAGUAUCUGGGUAAAUUGGAGCUUGGCUCAGGAUUUGAUGCAUCUGGAGAUGAGUGGUUACUGACUCUGGCUUGAGAGAUGUGAGUUUCCUACCUUGUUACAGAGACAAAAAGAGUGGAAUAUGUUACGUCUUGAAGGCACUGGAGAGAUCAGGACUCCUGGGUUCUAUCUCCAGCUCUUGCAAGGGAGCGUGGUCUAGUUGGUUAGAGCAAGAGGACAGGGAGUGAGGACUUGUAGGCAUUCUGGUUGUGAUGUGCUGUGUUAAACUUUAAAAGUCACUUCUAUCAGUACCUCACUUUCCUCAUCUAUAAACUGAGAGUGAUAAAACCAGCCUUCUUCCAUGCAGCAGUUUGAGAGCUGUGGCUGAAAUGUUCUAUGUCUGUGUAAAAUAAAUGCUCUGUAUGUGUUA